AUGGAGAUCAAGAGGCAAAUCACAGGAAUGAUGAGGCUCCUGAGUGAUAAGACCAGCAGGGUGUAUCAGCGUGUGGGAACAGAGCAGGACAGCUUAACAAAGGAGCCCCAGGAUAGGAAUCUGACCUGGGUGCAUCAGCCUGCACCUUUGUCUCUUGUAUCGGACGACCACCAGAGCAACAGCUGGAGCUCUGUGGGGGACCCAGGGCCCUCGCCGUCGUCCACAUCCACCCCCAUCCCCAACGGUCCGGGCUGCGGCCAGUACAGCACCCGCUCCAAAGCUCUGAGGAUACUCAACAACGCAAAGGAUUUAAUCAACGGGAAUCAAGCUAACGAUGUAGUACCUCCUGCUGUGCCAGAAACCCCCUGCUGUAUGUGUAACUGUAAGGGCACCUUGCAGGCUGUUCUGCAGGAACUGCGUGCCAUGAGGAGGCUGAUGCAGUCUCAGAAAGCAUCCUUGGAGAGGCAGGAACAGACAGGAUCACCAUGCCAACCUCGUCUUGGUCCGGGACCCACUCCUCGUCGCAGGCCCCGCAAGAGGAGGCCAAUCUAUAAAGUGGCACCGCUAACUGUGUCUAGUACUAGAAGAGCUGCUCUUACUCCUCUGGAGGCCUCACCACGCAUAGCUGCACCUGCAGAACCUGGAAAGAGGGAGGAAUCUCAGAAAGAGCGAGACUCACCCACAGCCAGCAGUCAUCCCAUCUCCUCUGAGGUUUCUGUGCUGCCACCUCCAAACAAUCCAGCAGCUGUCAACAACACACACAGUCCUCUCCUGAGCCAGUUAAGGGAACCCCAGUCAUCAGAGUCUGAGGUGCGUCUUGCAGAGGAUUAUGACGUAUUCAUCUCAAAGGCUCAGCUAGACUCCAUUCUUGUCAACUAUACACGCUCUGGGAGCCUGCUGUUCCGGAAACUGGUGUGUGCCUUCUUUGACGAUACUACCCUGGCUAACUCCUUGCCAAAUGGUAAAAGAAAGAGAGGACUCAAUGAUAACCGCAAGGGCUUGGACCAGAACAUUGUGGGUGCCAUUAAAGUGUUUACAGAGAAAUACUGCACUGAACACAGAAUAGAGAAGUUGCCUGGGCCACGAGAUUGGGUCCAGAUCCUUCAAGAUCAGAUCAAGCUUGCCAGGAGAAGGCUGAAACGAGAUGCUGCAGAAGCAGAAGAAGUCUUAAAUGGACCCUCUACAAGUAUGAAGCACACACAGGGGCAACUAACACACAUUCACUAUCCUACCCAUUUAUUCAGUUGUCUUUUAUCUCUCUGUGUCUGCACCUUUCCCCUUACAUCAGUACUCCAUCUCACAACAUCUUUCCAUCAGCCCCCCUCUGAGCUCACAGCGCCUUUACCUCUCUUCACUUUGCUGUCACAACACACUCACUCACAUACACACACACACACACACAAACUGAUGUUGCUGGCUUGCUUAUUGGUUCAUAUGUCUUUGUCAUGCUGUCGCUGUGACAUUUGACAUUCUCACGCAGCUUCCUAAAAUGUCAGCUAAUUAUCUUCACACCAUGCACCAUAUCUCCUCUUUCACCUCUCUAUUUCAUCCUCGACGUCAGAAGAGCAUUUCUCUUCCUGCUGUCUCAGUUUUUCUUUAAAGGAAGGCAACAAAUAUAAUAUAAUAUAUAAAUAUAUAUUUCUCCUUUCUUUAUAGGCUGUGAUUACAAGACGCCUGCAACUGUGCAAGGGACAGUGGUGAACAUGACAGGUUGAUUCGAGGGCUGCCACCACGGCCUUACAGCAGAUUUGUUGAUUGUCUUCAUUAAUUUCUCUAACUUGAUGCAUUUUGCCACUUUAGAUAUUUCCUUUGCAGCUUUUAACUGCUAUGUGUUAUGGAUGUAAAGGGAAAAAACAACAGGACCAAAUGAAGAAGAAGUCUGCUCAAUGAUAUUCCCAAUAUCAUUUGACACAUAUUUAAACAGCUUCGAUCUGGGAUUUUGGGCAAGUAGACAACGAACUACACAGUGGUUUAGAAACAUCAGGUCAUUUUCAUGUUCACAAGCAACUUACUGUUUACAUUAUAGGCAACAGCUUUAAAAGCACACUUGCCUAGUUCUUAUAUGUCCUUACUAGGAGUCACAAGCCUAAAAUGUGACAAAGUACUGUAACAGUAGAGCAUUCAUUUUGCACAAAGUAUAUUUUAUGGGAAGUUGCCCAUUGUGGAUUGUGCCUUUUAAGUGACAAGUACUUCAAUGAGUGUAAUGUGCAGUGCAACAUCAGACUCAGUUCCAAAUAUUACAUCCAAAAGUAAAUAUUUGUUGUAUUUUGGGCCAGUUUUGCUAUUUGAAAAUAGGUUGACAGGCUAAAUCUGGCUGAAAAUAUAUUUUAAAAAAAGAAUACGAAUAAUGUUUCUUUUUAGGCUAUGCAUAUCAGUGCUAUUGUCGUUAUUACUGUGAUGGAAAUGGAUGGAAAUACAUUUUUCUUUCAUUUCUGCUCACAAUGCAUCGUUGUUUCCAUCAUUAAAUAUAAUUUCUUGACAACUGUGUUUUUGUGUUUUUAUGUACCCAACAGUAUAAUUAACAACAGAGGAAAUUAGACAAACAGCAGCGACACAUUGAUAAAUUUCUGCCUAAAUGAUAAUAAACCAUGUCAUUCUAAUAUAAAGCAGUGGUAUUACAAAAAUAUUUCUUGCAACAGUAUCAUAAUUUUUUACCAAAACAUAAGCCCAUAAAUGCACGUUUAUAAACCUCAGCGUUUGCUAGGUGGCUACACUUCGGACCAGGCAGUGUUGUGUUGUUGUAGGUGCAAUUGGAGGGAAAACAGUAAAUUAAAGGUACACUCCAUUGUAGAGAUUUUGUUGCCAGACUUCACAGCUCGUUAAAGGGGAUGUUAAAGCCGCCACUGUGCAGGCAGAGGACCCUUUGAGAGCUUGUGAGUCUCCUCUUUGUUUUUUAAACAAAAUAUUUUUCUAUGGGGAUUAAACGUGAUAGGUUAUGUAUCUUUAUCAAAAUAUAGUAAAUUAUACGCGAUAGCUCGAAUUUUGCUCCUGUCCUGUGCCAAGUUAGAGGUCA